AUGGCAAAUUGGCCGACUGAUAAAGAAAUCAAGGCCAAUCCUUCAAAGAGACGACAUGGAGCUAAUGAUCCUAACUCUGCUACAAAUAGCGAGGAAGAUAGGCAACUUGAGCUAGACAUCCUAGAACGAAUUCGAAAAGCAAACGAAGCCGAUCGGGGAUUACCUAUACCAGAUCCACGAGCAAAGCCAACAAGGGAGCCGCCUGAAGACCACUAUUAUCCAUGUCAAUGGGCCGGUGUCGAUCCAAAGGAGCUGAGCGAGGAUGCUACUUCGCUGGAUCACAACAUGUACCAAUGGACCUACAACUAUGCAGAUAAAGACAAUGAUGGAAUCGAGGCAAGAAUGACUGCGAAAGAGAAACAAGCUAUCAUCGAUUACUUGUGCGACUGGUGUCUAUUUGAUGACUGGGACUCACUGGUAGCCUCAUUUUCACCACUUACUCAUUUGAAUCGCUUUCACCUACUUCUGACAGCAACAGUCUUGAAGAAUGUUUUUGAAAGGGUUGUCAGAAAUCCUUUCUUUUAUAUUGACCUUGAGGAGGAAUGGGAUGGCAGUGGAAGCGAUCUACCACCUCCGCACGGCGCAGAGCUCAAUAAGAUGUUUCAAAAGGCUCUGAAAGUAUCUGAGGCUAGUGCCCAUCAUUGGCGUGCAUCAACAGUCAAACUCUUCAAUAGGUACCAGGAGUAUGACGAGCUCGAUACUCCUUUAAUGGCGAAAGACCCCACACCGGGGAUUCGAUCGUACAACCUUCGAGAGAGAUGCAUUGAUCAAUUCACUUCCGACAUGCUUGAUAGCUCGAGUCUCAUUGCGCCAAUGUUGUCUCCCAGAAAGUUGAGCCUAGAUCAGAUCAAACUCCGCUAUCAGGGAAUACGGGAAUGCUACAAGACUGCGAGCGACAUGGCGGUCCGGUUUUAUAUUCAAAGAGCUGGCAUUAAAUUCGAUGAGAGUGUCAAAGAGGUCGCCGCCUACAAAAUUCCCCGCGACGACGAACACGCCCUCAACAGAUGGGUUGCGUCCGUUUUCAAUUGCUCCGGUACAAACACCGACGACCUUUUCGAGGGGAAAAGAGCUGUGAUGGUUUUAUGGCCUGCGACUUGGAUUAUACAGUGGAAGGUAUCUCCCGAUGUUAGAGAGCGUUGGCAAGAAAUGGACGCGAAAUACCCUCCAAACUACGACCUUGCCUAUCGAGAUGCCAGGGGGUCCAUCAUGGUGUCAUAUCAUCGGGUAUUGUUCUGGUUGAGAAAGACGGAAGGGAACCUCCGCUUACAGAGUGAUGCUGGGAGUGAUUUGGUUGGUUCAUUCAAGAUUGUGUUUAUAGAGCUACUAGCCCAGCGUACUGCUUUCUGA